AUUUAUUUGUUUUAUCAAAGAUAUCUCACAGGCUCACGAUACAAAACGUAACUACACUCAAAAGCGCCUUUUGAAAGCUCAAGAGGGAGGUCGCCGACAUCUAUGUUUCCAGGAUGAUAAUAACUACCUUGUUAUUCACGUUCUGCGCCUUUCUAUCACGAACAGACAGCAAGAUAUCUCAGACACAAAGCGAGCUCUUCCGCCGAUCAUACAUUGGGGAAACCAAAGGUUGCGAUCAGGAUUGCCAAAAGGAAUGCAUUCAAGUGCAUAACAAAUACAGAGCUAAUCAUGAUGCACCGCCGCUAGUUUUUGACCAGAAGCUGGCGGAUGAAGCACAAGCUUUGAUUGACAAGGGAGUUUUUAAACAUUCUGAGUGGGUGGAGUUAAAAAAUAAAGGCGCUGCGUUCGCCUGGGGUUCUCUUUUCCCGUCAUUCACCGCUGUUAUCAAGAACUGGCACGACGAAGGAGCGUAUUAUGAUUAUCAAACUGGAGCACCAAAGAAAAAUUCACAGGUGGUGGAUCACUUUAUGCAGAUGAUGUGGAAGAAGGCUCGUAAAAUCGGUUGUGCGCGAGGCGGUUUGUAUGGUGAACCUUGGUAUGUGGCUCAUUAUGAUCAGGCCCCAAUCACUGAAAAGCAAAACACUGUAGAGAACAUUAAAAGACCAAAACAGGAUGACAGUGAGUGGUUCAAAGAUGACUCGCCAUUCUCUGAGGAGCUGGCCAACAUGCAACAUGUUUAAAACAGGAAUUCGCCUCGCUGGACUGAUCACUACGAACGAUGCACCUUUUGAACUUCGAAACCGGAAACAAGAAACUAUAUGUCGAUCUAAAUGGUUUUUUUUUUCCUAACCAUAAGAUUUAUGGCGGAAAGUAUCAUGUCCUCUUGACUCGGGAAAAUCGUCCAACAUUACCUUACACCUUAUCUGUUGUAAUUAUCAGGAUAUGUCACACAAAUGCAAUAAAGUUCUCUUUUCGUGGAUACAUGGGAAUCACAUCUCAGUCAAAACAAAUCAGUUUUUUGUGGUUAUCAGAAGACCAUUACUUCCUAAAAGAAAGUAACUGUUAAAACUAACACAUUCCAUAACUGAAAUGUAUAUAUGAUAAUCAUAUCCCCGUCAAAAUAAAGAUAUUUCCUCAUCAUAAAAUUUCUGCGAGAGCAUAAAUUCUUAUCGUGUGGUCUGAUCGUCUAGGUAAGAGUAGUCCUGGGACGAACUGUUGUCGAUAGCAGUUUGGCAAACUUCAGCGGAUGUCUUCACGGAGUAGUAGAGUUUGAUUCAACUCCAACUCUAAGGCUGUCAAAACGUCAUUAACUACAACCGGCAACAGUCCUUUUCAGGACUACCCCCACCCUAACGACAAAGCCACGCGAUCAAAUGUUACCCCCCAGCUUACACCAAUAACAGUUGAAUGAUUUCUGGAAAUCAUCAUAUAUGUUUUGUAUCUUAGUUUAUUAUGUCCGUGGUGAUAUUUGUUUUUUGAUGACCAUGAUACGUCAUCCCAGGGCAAUAGGGACCUCACGUCCUGUCAUCUUCAAAGCAACGUGGAAUUAUUAUUUUCUGUACAGUCUGAGAACAGGAACCUCAAAGCAAAUGUAUACUUUUCUACUUGGAACUGGACAAUGUCUUAACGUGUCACGCCGAAGAGAUGUGGUGUCACUGAAGAACAUAAAACAUUGAGCUUCUCUUGGAAAUUUCUUAAGACAACCGCAAGUUCAUUUUCAAAUCAAUGUUUUCCUCGCCGUUGUCUUAUCAGUGUUUACUUAGAUACGUUUUAUAUCAUAACCUUAAGGAGGCGUACGCCGCUUCUCAGCUGUUUAUAAACACAAGUUCUUUCCUACACCUUGCAUAUAUAGGCCGAUCCUUGUUUCCAUGCUACUGGACAUGCGCGAGUUUUCUGGGGCAGAAAGAAAAACAAAAUGGCGGAUGCCUCGGACGUUCAAUCAAAAGCACCUUCUAUUCCAGAAAAUCUAGCGAUUAUUUAGCCUGUUUAUCACCCGAUGAUAAAAAGAGGUUUGAAGAGAAGCUUAAAGUAUGUGUUGGUGAGAAGUUACUUGCAUUCCAUAAUCCAAACGAGGAUUGGGACGACGAACAAGUUUGGAAUGAUUCGCCUGGUACAAG